GGUGGUUUCAUGCAGACAGAUGUAUUACAAAGCUUCCUGUUAGUACUAGCCUUGCUGCCUGCUUUGGUUUCAUUUACACGGAAACAGCAACCUAAAGGGAGUUACCUCUGCUCCUACACAAACAAAGAGCUCAGACACAUGACAGCAACAGACGAACGCAGCAUGUUGAAGACGGGAAGAAUCACGAGCUGCUGUGUGGCUCUCCUCCUGACCCUCACCUCUGUGUUAGCUGGAAAACAGGCACUGAAUUCAAUCAGUGAUCUAAAGUCAAUCGACUUUGGACAAACGGUGCCCAAACACAGCCUCCUGUUGCUCCACUGGUUUGCUAAUGAAAUUGACAUCGACAACAACAACAUCAUCCUGCUGACCUUUGACCCAAAUAGUGGAGAAUUUGGCUCACAUCAUUACGGAAACUACGAGAGGGUGUUAGAUCCACUGCCGAGGGGAUACCGAUACUACACUGUUGGCAACAUCAAUCAACAAACAUCGCAGCCACUGCCAUAUUAUGUCAUCCACCCACGGGCGGAGUACCCAGCGAGAAACAGGGACAGGAUCAUAUUCAGGGUCAGGGAGCAGAACGCGGGACGCCAAACUUCACAAAGGAUCGAUCAAGUGUAUAUGACACAGCAUUAUGAGCCAUCUGAAAAUCAGGGCACGAGGUAUAAUCCAGAGCAUACAUAUCAAGUCACAACCAAUCUGCUGACGGAGAUCAGAGAGUUUUCUGUGGAAGAAAACGACAUGAGCUCACUGACGUAUCUCAGAGACCGCUUUGGAAGCAGUGCUGAUGAUUCCCAACUAUGGCAGAUAAGAAACACGUGGGGUGACCUUGCUUGUCUUGGACUGUUUUUGUUUAUUGUGAUCCAGGAGAAAUAUUCCACUCACAAACGCAACAACAGACGUCAGCCAGCACCAAGAAGGAACACACAAACUGAUUUUGUGAUCAAUAUCCCAGAAAGCAGGCAUAAUAAUCCCGUUGGAAUAUUUCCACAAAUUCAAGUGGAUCAUAGAGAUGAGAUAACACUGAAGGUGACAACUGGCAAAAAGGGAAAUGCCAGAAUUAUUUGGAGCGAUGUUCCUAGAUCUCUUCUUAAAGAAGGUGUGAUGGUGGCACUUUACAAGAAUGAUCAGGAAGAGGACGCUCUCACUUAUAAAUCUAUUGGGAACAGAGAGUCGGGCAGUUAUGAUACAUCGGUACCCCUGAAUGAAGGCCUUCAGGUACGACUGCAUGAAGCCAGGACUCUAUGUUGCUUCUGGAGAUCUUUAGGAGACGAGAUAGACAGAGGCAGUGAGUUUAAAAACCCCAAAGCUGUGAAUAUACCGGGUUAUGAUGCUAACCUGCAACUCUUUGCAAAAGAUGGCAAGGCUUGUGCUCGCUUAAUAGUGAAUGAGUCUUUCCACAACUGGAAGUCCGAAUUUAAAAACGCGUGGGUAGGCUUCUAUAGCUCUGAAAAUACAGCCACAAAAAACUACGAAUGGUGGCAAUGGCAGUGGGCAACAAAAUUCAAAGAAAACACUGAUUUUCAGGACAUGUUUUAUGAUGUUUAUGAGUACGAGUCAGGCAUGACAAUCGCCCCAGGAGUGCAAGCACGCUUCAUUAUGCAUGAUGAAAUAGAGAAAGCAAGAACCUCACCCUGGGGGGAAUAAAGAUAUUGAAACAAAAUUUAAGAUAGAAAUAUUAAAUUAACCUGUACAUAUGCCCUUUCAAAUAAUGGCUGAAUGACUUUUAUUAAAUAAAAAAAAAAGCAAAAUAGGAUACGAGAACAGUGAUGUCCAUACUGUAUAUUUAAAAGUUGAUUUUUUGUUAAGACAAUCAUAUAGUAGUAGAUGUAAAGGUAUUUCAGGUCCUUUAUCUCUAUGUUGUCUUCUGCUGAAAACAGACAUGAGCCUGUAAAUGAGCCUGCAUUGCAGAGAUACUGGUACUAAUGUGCUGUACUUCAUGUGGUCAGACCCUUUUGUACAGCAGUGAUGAACUGGGUUUGAGUCAAUCAGAAACAAUGUAUUCAUCAGCCCAUAAUCACAGAGCACUGUUAAAUGUCCAUUUAUGGAAAAAAGAAGAAAUCCAUGAGAUCGGUGUUAAGAUUUCUAUGGGGAAUUUUUUAUAUGUAUAUAAAGAGAUUAAUGUGACUGAUUUUUAUUUUUUUUAACCUUAUGGAAAACAGGUACAAUGGCUUCUGUGUGUCUCCAAAAAGUUUGCAGGCGUGUGCGACAUUUUGCCUCUACAUUUUGAAUUUAUUCUGUGUUUGUAUUAUUUUUUUCUUCCCUUUUCGAAAAUGUUUUUUUUGUAAAGACUGAUUUCAACUCUGUAUGACAUGCUUAUGUUGAUGACCCCUUUACAGCAAUGUGGCAUUAAGAUUUGACUCUUAAGGGUUCAGGCUAAAAUCCUGCAGACCUCGCCUUUACGGAGACAUGCCGCAGAAAAGGACUGGACUAGAUAUCACCUGUUGGGAUUAAAGGUCCUCAUGUGUAAAUGCAUUUUUUAAUAACUGUACAAAGUCUUCUGUAACGGCCUUAUCAUUCAUGAUAAAGUGCUGCUCUGCAAAGGCUUUUCAAUGCUCCAGCAUAUCUAGUCAAACGAGACGCACACUGUCUCAGCUGUUUGCACAAGAUUGCAACAAUAUGAAUUGCCUGGAUGAAUAAAUGUCAUGUGUGUUAAGCUGUAA